UCUUGCUGACCCAUUCAGUUGCAAUAGUAUGUUCAUCGUUGUGCAAUCUCGGAAACUGCAGUCAUCAAGAAAAUGCGGAAUGUUUCUGCAAAAAUCAGAUUUCACUAACCACAUUAUCUUGCUGGUGCUCUUCCUUCACCAGAUAUACGCAGAAAGCUCACAAAGCCAACAGAAGCCAACUAUCACCUUGAAUCCAUGGUUGGAUGCAGUCGUUAAAGGGGAAAAUAUCGGUAUCAACUGCACCAUUGGUUCUCCGUGUUCAGAAGGAUGGUUUUAUUUGUACAAAAACGAGCAAAAGAGAUAUGACGAUAAAAUCCGAACCAGUGACGGACAAUGUACAGCCACCUUUGAAAUUCGUGGGAAUUUCAGUGAAAAUUACACGUGCGGUUAUGUUCCACGUUAUUCCGGAAAGUGGGGAGAACUACUGCGCAGUGAUCCUAUCUUUGUUCGUGUCAUAGACCGCCCGAAGGCACCGGACAUUAUUUUGAAAAGCCAAUUUGCAAAAUUUAUCACAGGAGAGGCUGUGGAGAUUAUCUGUCAAUCAAGUGUGAACUACUCAUGUGGUUCGAUGUACUUCCUUAAACACGGCGAACAAUUGUUCAAUCAGACAGUUGAAACCAACUAUUAUCACCGGUUCUCCAUGUUUCGAAUGAGAGUAAAUGCUUCUGGAUGUUACACUUGUCAAUGUGCCUUGUUGGUGUCAGGAGAAUGGCUGGUGUCAGAGCCAAGUGAUUCACUUAAUAUAACUGUUAUCAAUCAGCCCACGAAGCCAAUCCUUUCUCGAAAUCAAACGGCAGAAGUAUUUAUUGAAGGCGAAUUGGUGCAGCUGACCUGCACCGUCGACUUUCAGGCCGAGGCUACUACAUUUUAUUUAUACAAUAGCCGCCGUGAAAGUUGCGCUAAUCAGUCGCACGUUGGAAAGGAUCGUCACAUUGUCACUUUCAAAAUUGCACCGGUUAGAAAGGACUACUUUACCUGCGUCUGUGGAGCGUACGUUUCGGGACAGUUGAGAUAUUCAGAGGAGAGCGAGAGAGUCAACUUCACUGUAAUCGAUCGACCAAGAAAACCGGAAAUCAGUGUCAAUUGGACCGGCAGUGCAUUUCUUCAGGGCGAAAACAUCCGCCUGACCUGCAAGUCCGAAGGUCCGUACGGGGCACAAAAAUUUGUUUGGUACAAGGGAAACAACAGACAGUUGCUGGAGAGCAUACACGUCAACGCCAUGCACAAUCUGGCCAUCAUUGAUCGCUUGGCUAAUCAGCCCGAGGACUACAAGUGCGCUUACCAAGUGAAUAUAUCAGGGCGGUUGAUAGAUUCAGAAAAUAGUACAACUUUGCAUGUUCCUGUGAUAAAGCCUCCAGCGAAAGCAGAGAUUUCGCUGAAUCGGAAUUUUUCAGUAUAUAUCGGAGGAGAAUUGUUGUCGCUAACUUGCAAAACGCCGGAUCAGGGUUCGAAGGGGACAUUUUUUAUCUACAGUUUGAAUCCCAGAUUUCCGGUCGCAGCAAUUGAAGUCCCGAAGGGAUCACAAACAGUAACGUUUAACGUAACAACGAUGAUGAAUUCAGGUGUCGAAUCCUACCAGUGCAUAUACAAAGCAAUAGUCGCAGGUCGAGUGAUUGAAUCUGAGCCAAGUGUCCCUUUGAUCUUAACUAUAAAAGAACGUCCACCAAAACCGACAAUUACGAUGGACUUACAAGGCCCCAUUACAGAAGAGGGGCAGAACAUUACUGUAAACUGUACAGCUCCUAAUGCGUACGCUCCCGAGAAGUUCUAUUUAUAUCUCCAUUCUGAAGAGCAACCUUACAAACAUACAGAAACGGAAGGGGGGCAUUCCGCUGCAUUCAAUAUAAUGGUACCUCUCUUAAAAAUGAGCAAAGAGUAUUAUACAUGUCAAUAUCAGGUGCAAAUGGCUGGACGAUCUAUAGCUUCUGCAUUAAGUGAUCCGCAAAUGUUGCCCAAGUCAGAUGGUCAAUUUUGGUAUUACAUCCUGGGAUCAUUCCUACUUGUGGUCAUCUGCCUCGUGUCAUUUCUUGUGGCGAUAAAGAAUCGAGAAGCUUACUGCGGCCGGGCGCGCAUAGUUGGCGACAAUUUGAAUGACAUUUCAGUCCGUUAA